UUGAAGAAAGAAAAAGAAGAAAGAAAAGAUGCUUUGAACCUCAAGGAAAAUACUACUGAGAAAAAUCUCGUCGACUACGCACAUGCACUCGACAAAACUCGUCCAGUCACCAUUGUUUAUGGUCCAACGAACUUUGACAAUGAUCAAACCGCAGAUUUGAUUGACGUGAUUGGAGUGAAUCGAUACUAUGGAUGGUAUAUCGAUAUGGGUCAGCUGGAUUGGAUCAAUCAAAGCGUCUAUUGGGACAUCUCACAAUGGUCUGAGAAGUACAAUCGACCAGUGUUGGUCACCGAGUAUGGAGCGGAUAGUCUACCAGGCUUAAAUCAGGUAAUUCCGAUAUCAGACGCUUUGCUUAAAAACUACAGUAUUGAAGAACGUCGUCUCGCUGGCGAGAUGAUUUGGAAUUUUGCAGAUUUUAUGACUGCUAUGAGUACCCGUUACUCGAGCGGUUGGCAAUCACAAAGGUGUAUUUACCAGAGCACGACAGGCAAAAAUGGCUGCUUAUACACUAAGAAACCGGUAUUUAUCGCUAUUAGACCAAAGGAAUUUGCAAAUUUGGAAAUAGGCACUAUUUCAUGUGAAUUAUUCAUUGUUGUAUAG